AUGCAACAGAUUUGGGCCUGCUCCAAGUUUUCUCACCUCAUCCCUAUUCUAGGGGGUGGGGUGUCCUCUGCUAUGCUGGAUUUUAUUCGGGGGUGGAAGGUGCUAAUUCCUUGGGCUGACUUGGAGCUUUUGUUGGUUAUGUUAUGGUCGAUUUGGUGCGCACGGAAUCGAUCUAUUUCGGUUUCUCAUGCGGGUGGCUUACUCGAGGGGAUCAGAGCAUGGUCGGAUAAUUAUCUUAGUAUAUAUAAGCAGGCGCAGGGCGUUUCUCUCCAUGAGGUGGAUCAACCAAGGCAGCUUUGGGCCGGAGGUUGGAACCCACCGUUGAACCCCUUUCUCAAGGUGAAUGUAGACGCGGCCGUCUCGAAAGAGGAGGGAGCAGGAGUGGGGGUUAUCCUCCGAGAUUCUUAUGGGGUCGUCUAUCUUGCUGCGGUUUGGCCCCUUUCUUUCAUUCCAAGCGUCGAUUGGGCGGAAUGUUUCGCGGUUUUUGACGGUUUGCGACUAGGAGUGGAGGCUGGUUUGGACGAUUCGGAGAGCCGGCAAUACCGCUGCUCAUAUGCUUGCUCGCCGGGCCGUAUCUUCUCCUGGAUUUCAAGUUUGGUUGGAGGAAGCGCCUCUGGAGCUUUCUGGAGCGUUGGAGGAGGACCGCGAGUUUUGUUUUCGCUUUAUUUAAUUUCUGUUUUACCUUUGCGCUGUUUUGUUCUGUAA